AUGACCACCGAGGAGGAUAUCGCCUGGUUUAAGUCAACUUUUCGUCCGAUUCCAAAGCCAGAACUCCCCGACGAUGCUGUGGAAUAUUCCAUCUACCAUAUUCCGACCUCCCCCGCCCCCGCCGUUAUCGAUGAAGCUGCCGAGACCCGCGCGCGAUUGAUUGAGGUCCAACGCAGUGCUGCUGAUUUAACCAAGGAUCUGCUCAAAGAUUACAUCUGGCAACGCGAGGCCUUUAAAUUGGAAAUCACAAAAGAAGAUGGAAUCACCUCGCUGCAGGGUCGCACCAACUAUGGCGACUCCAUCGAAGACGAAUGGGUCAUUGUAUAUUUCCUCCGUGAAUUGACCAACCGACACAAGGAUAUUUGGGUUAAAGUGGCAGACAGCGAUGGGGAGUUCCUUCUGAUUGAAGCUGCGGGAACGCUCCCAGCGUGGAUCGAACCUGAGGUUGCAGACAAUCGGGUGUGGAUCAACCAGGGAGAACUGCGCAUUAUCAAGCCGAAGAACGAAGUGAAGAGACAAGUUACCGAAAAGAUUACGCUCCCAGAGGCACGAAAAAUCAUUCAAGACGAGCCUAGUCGCCUACUUCGAUCUACGAUAAUUCAGGAAGAGGCGUUCUAUCGUCUGCGCAAAUACCCUCAGCAGAUUAGCGAGAAUCUCCACUCUGCUAUCAUUACAAUUCCCCGCAAGGCUGCGUUUCUCUUACACCAGAAGCCAGCGUACAUCUCACCCGCCGUCGAGGCAUUCUACGUCCGCGACCCAAUUGCCCUACGACCCCUACGCGCAAAAGAUAAUUCGGGUUUGGUUUUCAAACCCGACGAUCUGGUCGACGUGAGUGUCCGAUUCACUCGGGUCGGAUACGCGCAGCUCAAGAGUCAGGAGUUCCCCAUUCCAAGCACAUGGGCAGGCAAGCUACCUUCCACUGAAGAUCAAAAGGCAUAUGAUCGCGCAGAGGCAGGAAUGAAACUUGCAUGUGGAUUGGAGAUGUUGCUUAACGAUCCUCAAAACCAGGACAAGCCUGUUGUCAGAGAAAUGAAGCUGCUGCUUGAGGACGUCGAAACCGGUGACGAGGAGCUCCCCACCGACAAAGAGAUUCAAGAAAAAUGGGACAAAUGCGAAGAUGAUGAGAAGUGGCUGGAUAUUAACUUUGAAGAUCUAGAAGCAGAGCUCAAAGGCCGGGGCCAAGGAAAGGGUGAUGAUGCUGGCAAUUUCGGCGAUGCUGGUGCCCAGGAGAAUCUCCAGCGCAUUGUAGCUCGCUUCGAAGAGUUCUUGAAUGACGACUCGGCUGGAUUUGAUGGUGCAGAUUUCAUUGACGACUUUGGAUCGGACUCCGACCUUGAGGAAGAUGACGAGGAGGAUGAAGACGAUAGCGAAGGUGAGGAUAAGGAUGCUUCUUUCAACGAAGAGGAGUUUGCCAAGAUGAUGAAAGAAAUGAUGGGUAUGCCGUCUUCAUCGGACUCUAUCCGUCAGCGAGUGGAAGAGCUAGACUCGGACGGCGAAGACGACACCGAGCAGAUCAAGGAGCUGUCUCGACGAAUGGAGGCCGAAUUACAGGGAACUGGUAUUCUCGAUUUGAACCGACGCCCGCAGAACCUGUCCUCUGGAGAGGCAAGCAGCUCUAAGGCUGCAAAGUCUUCAGAGGACAAUGGUGAGGAUGACAAUAUCAAUAUCAACCUCGCCAAGAACUUGCUGGAGAGUCUUCAGGGCCAAGCUGGUGUCUCUGGCCCAGCCGGCAACAUGUUGUCAAUGAUGAACCUCCGCAUGCCCAAGGAUGAUCGCACUUAA